AUGGCCACUACCACGACCAAAACUACCAAGAAGAAAAAAUUGGUUUAUAAACAGGAUCCUGAUGGAGUCUUUCGAUUAAAAAAAAUAAACGACGAUACAUCGUCUCUAAAAACUAAUGAAGUCAUCGACAAGAAGGCUCAGGUAGAUAACUACCUCAAUGAACUAAUCGAUUGUUCAUAUUCCCUUAUUGAUGUGGACGACCAAGCCAAUGCAACACAAGUAGCCACACCCGAAGAAAAUUUUAACAAAAUCACAACCCCCGCUGUUGCUACCACUGCGAAUACUACCACCACCACGAGAGGAAAAAAAAUAAAACCCACAACAAUAAACACUUCCUCCAAGAACCUAAAACUCAAAGCAACGUCCCCUGUACCGACCACUUCCAACUCACCUAUCCAGCCCCAGCGUAUAGUGGUGGUCACAAAAACUGAACCUUCACCAUCAGCAUCAGCACAGCCAAUAUCAUCACCACCUUCACCAACCCUAGUGCCUUCCCCAGUUGAGAUUGCCGUUAAAACAAUAAAAGAAGUUCCCAUAACUACGGAAGAAGAAGAAGAAGAGGGAGAAGAAGAACACACAAUAGAAAUAGAAGAAGAAGAAAUGGUCCGUCAUAAACCUACACUACAGUCGAGAUUAUUGAGUCAUGUCCCCGGGUUUCUUGUGGGGGUGAUUUCAACUUGUAUUGGACUGAGAUAUAAACAAGAACUUGUAUAUGGAAUUUUAGGUUUAACAGUUAUUGGAAUUGCAGUGGGAAUUGUGACUCUCCUUGGUAUUUGUUCAUGUUUGUAUUUGGGAUUAAUUAAAACAGAUGAUCUCAAGAAGUAUAUGUCCUUGUACCCGAAAUCAAAAGUCAUUAAAGAGACUGUUACUAUAAAAGAAGAAACUCCAUUAUCUGAACACGGAGAGAAAGAAAAGGAAGAAGAUGGAGAUGAAGAACUCUACCAUGCGGUAGAAGAAGAAGUUUACCUACCUGAAUAUACCCAAGAACCAGAGCAGGUUGUCGAACAUCAAGAGUAUACACCGGUGGAUAUUCAUGAGAAGGAAGUGACUGAGCCACAAUAUCCACAGAAGCAUCAAAAUCUUCCACUGCCAGAAGAGUAUCGACCAUUAGAUGGUCCAAAACCUCCACAACCAAAAAGGACACCAUCCACAGUUAAAGUCAAACCUUAUCGAUGUGAAAAACGUGACCACAAGGUUUUUGAUGUUAUCCCUGUCAACAAUUCAAUUCCAUUGUCAAAUAAUGAACCUCGUUACCAUUUGAAAACAAAACCAGAGUUGAUAAGAGCAAGUACAGAACCUUCCAGACUGAAUUCAAGAAAGAAAAAGUCGGGUUCUUCGUCUCCAACGUCUGCUAAAAGUGAAACAACCUAUAUCACUCCUCUGAACCACCACCAUCAUCAUCAACAACAGCACCAAACUCCUACACAAAUUGGUGCUCCGCCACAGCUAUUCAAAGUUAAACAACUACCAAAUUUACCUCCACAAGCAGAAGAAUUACCAUUUAUUAAUGAGGUCAGAUUGGUUGAUGGGUAUAAUGAUGAUGAAGAUGCUGAUGAAUUAGCAAUUCCUUCAGAGGCUCCAGCUCAUCAUUACAAAACUGGUCAUGUAGACAACCUUAGGAGAAAUCAUAGCACAAUGAGUAAGCAUAGUGUAUUAGGCACCAGAUCCAACUACAGCAAAUUCGUUUCUAAUGUUAAUGGUGAUAAGGAGUACUAA